CUGCUUUUUUGUACUGCUGAGGCACAGUUUGAUAGAGCAGAAGAGGAAGCAGUCGUUGGUUCUCUUCUCACAGACAUGGUGGUGGUUGGUGGUCGCCUUUGUUGCCUGAGCUGCUUCUUCUCAUGCAGUUCUGUGCUGCUUGUCGGGGUCUGCCUCCUCGGUCUGCACGCCUCUGCCUAUGUGGACGCUUCCAGCUGUCAACGUGUCAUCCAUAAAAAAGUUGGAGACACUGUAGAGCUUCCAUCAUGCUCACCAAGUGAAGGAGUCUCCAUAGCAGUGUGGAGCUAUGGAGAGACUAAAAUCGCAGACAAAGAUCAUAAUGUUUCUGGAAAACAGUUUCAGGGCAGAUUAUUCCUAAACCCCACAAACUUUAGUUUAACACUGAGAGAACUGAUGGCCAGUGAUUCUGGUAAUUUCAGUUUUGAAUCAGCUGAUAAGGAUGGCAAACAAAGGGAAACAUUCACCGUCAGUCUGCACGUUCAUGCGAAGAGCUCUGUUCUGUUUGUCAUUGGACUGAUUGGUGGCGUCUUACUGGUGGUUCUCCUGCCGUUGCUGCUGCUUUGUUGGAUCAAGAAAAUGAAAGGAAAUGUAUGUUUACAAAGGAAGUCUCAGAGAGCCAAUCAGAGCUCUGCUGCAUUCCAAACUUUCAGUCACGGUGAUCAACAGCAUCCAGUAUAUUCCUCUCUUCUCCAUGGGGAUACUUCUGUUUAUGAAACAACUGCUGGCCGUGGAAAUACUGGAAAAGGAAGACGUGGAGGUCCAGUGGAGAGCUGUGACUACAGUAUCAUGAAUCCAGAUUCCCCUGCAGGCACAACGAUUAACACAAGCUCUUCAACUACCUUUACCAUCCACAGUGAAGUGAACGUCUGUAGGUCGUCUGUGUAGGGAUGAUGUAUCACGUACGUAAUUUUCUGCUGCAUGUUUUGUGACUUUGUUCCAGGUUCAUGAACAGAAGAGAAGCAACGACAUGGAAAACAAUGUUGACGUUUAAACAGUGUUGUAUAUACGAGACUCUGUCAGAGGGUUUAUUGUCUCUGGAGGUGACGGUUCUGAAGCUGCUGGAACAGACUGCUGUGUUAACACAGGUUAUGGAGGCAUUUUUGAUGACUGAGCGAUUAAAAUCCAGCUAAUCAAAAGCAUCUCAACAUGUCUCCAUCAGUCCAUCUCAAAGAUCUUGGCAAGCACAUAAGAGUGAUUUGACGCUUGAAAUGAAUGUGAAAUAAGCAUGAAAGUAACACGUUUGCAGAUUACAAAAUAUUUAUAUGAAAACUCUGAGAAAUUUGAAGAAGGGGCAUUGAGAUAAUUUAUUUUUGCCACCUAUCAGAUAUGGGUGCACAGUGGUCGUCAAAAGUGUGAUAUCCAAACACAGACAGUGUAAACACCACAGUGUGUGUGGUGAGACACAAGCAACUUGUUUUAUCUUCACAGAGGUGAGAAGUCAGCGGGUGUUUCCUUAAAACAACAGAAACUGAAGAUAUCUGGACUUGAUAAGAAUGACUCUUAACAACAUUUUAGUGCUAACGUUGCCUUAAAGAGUUAAAAUUAUAUCAGUAAGCUGCAGGUUAUUGUUGUGCCUGUGACUCAGUGGGAAACUCUGAAGAUCAGCUGAAACUCGGAGCUUCUCACCUGCUGUAUUAUAUCAUUUACAGAUUGACAAUUUCAGCCACUUGGUGGUGCCAUAUGGUUUCCUUUUCAGUUACUUGUGGCUCUUGUGGUCAAAUAUAAUUGCAGAUGCAUGAGUGAGUGUGUGCUGUAUAUUCUUUUCAACUCUUUCUUAUGCAUCUGUAUGUCACACAUUCUUCCCUGUUCACUGUAUAUUGUUGUGAAUAAAUAUUCAGGUUUGAACUCA